ACGCCUGGGCAUCGCAAUCUUCACUUGUGAUCCGACUUUCAAUCGAGACACACGUACUCUUACGACCGACUGUUCCUUUGCGAUCUUCGACUGCUUUUACUAUUGUCGAUAGACUUAGAUUUUGAAAUGGCGUUACUGUGGACCCCGUACGCUGACGAAGCCUUGGAUUUAAGCAAAGCCGCCAUGAAGACAGAACCGGUGGCGCCGGCCUACAUGCCGGCCACGACCAGCCCUGUGCCUUUCUACCCUAUGUACCAUGCGUACCCUAUGCCGCAAGUGUCUCCCGGUAGCCCAAUGUACCAUGGAUACCCAGUGCCGCAGAUGUCUCCAAGCAGCAGCUCAGGACAUGAAGAAGCUAUGCUGUCUGGGAAUAGGAUGGCAACGCUCUCGCCUCCUGACUCACCUGAAGCCGACCACAAUCGCCAGAGCCUCACCAGGCUCUCCAAUCACGUCGACAUGGAGUUCCUCACCGAUGACCCGAACUAUCAGGCUUUUGAACGUGAUGCUUUAAGAGCUAUGGCUGAGAAAAACGGAGGAACUUUACUCGGAAACAAUCCACGUAUGCGCCGCUCCGUCCGCUCCACGAAAGAAACAGUAGAUGACUCGUACAGACAGCAGCGGGAGAGGAACAACUUCGCUGCGAAACAGAGCAGAGACCGCAGGAAGCUGCGUGAAGUGAGGCUUGCCCUUAAAGUGACUUAUCUCGAAAAAGAAGCCGCGAAACUUAGGGCCAUGCUUGCGUCAGGGCUGUGCGUGAGGUGCAAUUCCUUCCGUGGAUAAAAUAGGAAGAAAAAGGACAUUUUGGAGAUUCGUGCAAUUUUGUAUAUAGCUGUAGAUAUAGUUAGAUUAAUAAUUUAUUUUGUGCAAUUUAGUAUUGUAUAAUUUAACUAUGUUCCUAUGUUGUGAUAAGCAAGGACUGAUAUUUGUCUAAGAUUAUAUAAGGAAGAUAUUUAAGAUUAAGAUUUGAGAGUUUUGUCUAGUCUGCUAAUAAAACAAUCUGACUGAA